GCCGAAUCUUCGAAUAUGGGAACGCCGUAUGCGCCAGGCAACAUAUCAUUUUCCCUUUGCCCUCUCCAAGCAUCGAGUCAGCAGUCUUUCCCUCCCGGACGUACAAUUUUCAAGCGCGCUCAUCCAAAUCACUUUCACUAGACCUCUUGAGCCUGUCUCGCACGUCUCCGCUCCUCCGUUUCGACAUAGAGAAAGUGUGAUAGAGGGAUCGUGUUAGGCCCAAGCAGAGCGAAUUACUUGUCGCCCAGGGACGACGAGUUCUUCAAGGUACAUACCAUCAGCGGCUACAGUGUUAUCGAAUCGCCGCGCCAUGGCAGACUCCGUAGGAAGCAAUAUGCGAGUCAAGCAGAUAUAUACCUACCCCAUAAAAUCCCUCCGGGGAAUUUCCCUCCCCAGCCUACCAGCGAUGUACACGGGCUUCCCGCACGAUCGACGCUUCAUGCUGUAUAAAGUGGACGAGCAGACGAACAUGCACGUCUCGCAUCAGACGGAGAUGUGUCUGUUCACCACCGCCUUCACCGACAACCAAGAUGGAGUGGUAGUCACGUAUACCUUGGGUCAUACUUUCGACAAGCCCGAACGUAAAGUCAGCGACGCCAAACUUGAAGUACCCUUGUCACCCGAGACCGAAGGGCUAGAGGAGGUCAGCAUAACCAUGCAUUCGUCCCCGUGCGUGGGGUUUGACAUGGGGAGUAAAUGUAAUGCUUGGUUCAGCGAGAGGUUUGGAUAUGAAGUCAAGCUCUUGUACAUAGGCAUGAACAGGAGGAAAGUGUUGGGCAAUAUGCCGCCUAGUGUCUCUGCACGGCAGAACGAGGGUCUCUCAGGGUCAGCGCAGACAAACGGUAGCUCGUGGUUUGGAAGUUUGGCCUCGACGGCCAGUUCUUUGGUCGGCACACUCACCGGCUCGAAAGAGUACGAAGGCGUCGACGAGGGCAUCUCUUUCGCCGACGUCGCGCCCUACCUGAUCGUGAACGAGAAAAGUUGGCAAAACACCCAGCGCCGCUUACCCGAGGGUGAGAUGGUGGAGAUAUCCAAGUUCCGGCCCAACAUCCUUGUCGAGGGCGCCGAGGCUGAAUGGGAGGAAGAUUUCUGGGCCGAGUUGCAGAUCGGCAGUGACGCGAAGAUCAUACUGACGCAGAACUGUUCGCGAUGCAAUAGUCUCAACGUGGACUACGCGACGGGCAAAGUCGGUGAGGGAGAGGCGGGAAAGAUCCUGAAGAAGCUGCAAAGUGAUAGACGUGUGGACAUGGGUGCGAAGUGGUCUCCUGUGUUUGGACGCUAUGGGUUUUUGGCCAGGGUGCCAGAAGGGAAGAGUGCGGCGGAGAUCAAGGUCGGUGAUGAGGUGAAGAUCGUGAAGAGGAACAGUGAAAGGACGAGGUUUGAAUGGCCGAAUCUGAGCACGAAUUGACACCGAGCAUAAAACGUGGACGAUGACUGUCGACAGUCAUGUUCUUCCCGACUGCAUCUCAUUCUCAUAACUGACGGCCUCCCAUGCUUAUACAGCAACGUUGGAAAGUCGCCAUCCGACAUCUCGAUGCAAUGCGAUGAUAAAAUCUGUCAACCAUAACCAUCCUUCACACUCGAUGCGAAUGAUUGCUUUAUCGCUGUUAUCCCCUAUAUCAAGCUCAAUGCAAUCCAAACCCUCAUGAACCA